UUACGAACGACACAUCCGCACUGCGUCUGUAGCAAUAAGUAUUCAAUUCAGACUCUAACUUAUAUCCCAUUUUCCAAAUAAACUGAUUUUAUAAUUCAUAGGCGCUAUUUUUGACUAGCAGGAACUAAAGUUUCGUUUUUCCGAAACCAGACCGGACAACUGACGAAGAAACACCGAACCGUUAGAAGCUCAGAAGCUCAGUAUAUCAUAUAAAUCAGUGUGUUUUAAAAAGUUGACAGAAUUAAAAAAAAAAUGGAUUCUGACUCUUGGGCUUUAUCUGUUGAUCAACAAGAAGCAACAACCAAAACAAGUGAAGUGCUGUGGAUUAGAGAGCCGCGAGUCAUCCCAAACACUGACGCGAAAGAAACAGCAAAACCUCCAAACGGUGACAAAUCAGAAGAAGAAGAAAAAGACGACAGAGCCGCACAGUCUCUUCUGAAUAAAUUAAUCAGGAACAGAAUCGUCAACAACACGAACCAGGUGGAGGUGCUUCAGAGAGACCCGAAUUCACCACUCUACUCCGUCAAGACAUUCGAAGAGCUGCGUCUAAAACCUCAGCUGCUGCAGGGCGUCUAUGGAAUGGGCUUCAACAGACCUUCAAAAAUCCAGGAGACCGCGUUGCCGAUGAUGCUGGCAGAGCCGCCUCAGAACCUGAUCGCACAGUCUCAGUCCGGAACAGGCAAAACCGCCGCCUUCAUACUGGCCAUGCUGAGCCACGUUCACCCAGCGAACAAAUGGACCCAGUGUUUGUGCAUCUCUCCAACCUAUGAGCUCGCCCUACAGAUCGGUAAGGUUGUGGAGCAGAUGGGCAAGUUCUACCCCGAGGUGAAACUGGCUUACGCCAUUCGAGGAACUAGAAUUGAGGGAGCAAUCCAGGAGCAAAUCGUGAUCGGCACCCCAGGCACCAUGUCCGACUGGUUAACCAAAAAAAAGUUGAUCGACCCAAAGAAAAUUCGGGUGUUUGUACUAGACGAGGCUGACGUCCUGAUCGGCAUUCAGGGUCACCAAGACCAAUGCAUCCGCAUCCAGAGGAAGCUGCCCAAAGACUGUCAGAUGCUGCUCUUCUCUGCAACCUUUGAGGACUCGGUGUGGCAGUUUGCCGGGCGCCUCGUCCCCGAUCCCAACAUCAUCCGACUGAAGAGAGAGGAGGAAACCCUGGACACCAUCAAGCAGUAUUACGUGCUAAGCAGAAACACAAACGACAAGUUCAACGCACUGUGCAACAUCUACGGCGCAAUCACGAUCGCACAAGCCAUGAUCUUUUGCCAUACUCGCAAAACAGCUGCCAGGCUGUCAAAGAUGAUGGCAGAAGAGGGUCACCAGGUGGCGCUGCUGAGCGGAGAAUUGACAGUCGAACAAAGAGCGGACAUCAUCCAGCGCUUCAGAGACGGCAAAGAGAAAGUGCUGAUAACCACAAACGUGUGUGCAAGAGGUAUUGACGUAGAGCAGGUUUCUGUGGUGAUCAACUUUGACCUUCCACUGGACAAAGACAGCAACCCAGACAACGAGACCUACCUGCAUAGGAUCGGCAGGACGGGACGCUUCGGCAAGCGAGGCCUGGCCAUCAACAUGGUGGACAGCGAGCAGAGCAUGGACGUGCUCAGAGCCAUCGAGGGACACUUCAAUAAGAAAAUAGUGAAGCUGGACACAGAGGACCUCGAUGAAAUUGAAAAGAUUGCAUACUGAGGUGACGGAGAAAAGAAAACGCACUACAGAAGAACAAAACACUAACAUUUACUUUCUAGUGUUAUCUCACGAGUUCUCACUUGAAUUUCUCAGUUUACCUUUGCCAAAAAAACUUUAUCCUUAGCUGAUAAUGUUUUUUUUUUUUUUUUUUUUUUUGGGUUAAUGCACUUUCCGUGUUCAGUAACAACUCUGCUCAGUAUAUGAAGCUAAUUAAUUACUGAGGGGUUUUGGAGGAAUAAUUACGUUAUCACUGCUGUGUUUUCUGCUGUGACAUGAACACCUUUUUGGACUAACCACAUUCUGAUGUGCUGUGGAAAGCACACUGGCUCCACAACAACCAAAGGGCAUAUUACUCAUAUCACAAUGACACCGAUGUUGCACUUUGACAUUACGAGGCUCAGAAUUUUGAAGAAUGUGAAACACGCCUUCCUAAAGACAUUCCUUAUGAGUAAUAUGUAAUAUUACCGAACUUAUUUUUCACCCAUCUGUUUCAGAGAGAUGUUUAUCCUUCGUGAUACGAGGAGUAAAAUAAAAGUUUCUUUUUUGGAUCUAAAGAGAUAUUUGAUUGAUUUUUGAUCUGAUUUUUGGGAUCGGUUAUUGUUUGUGUUCACCGACAUAUUCCCGGAUGAUUAGGGAUAGUUAGAUUUGUGUACUUUUUUUUUCCUUUCAAAUAAGGAAUGGUUUAUUUAAUAUUUAUUUAUAUAUAUUUUUUUACUUGAAUAAGUAUGCACUUUGCUUUGGAUUGAGAUUGCUGUGUUUGGAUUCAAUCGAACUCGGUUACAUACUAGCUGUAAAAUUGUAUUUGCAACACUUGUGUUUUUCUGUUCUGCUGGAUUCAGCUGUUUAAAGUUGUUUACUGAUAUGUUCAAUAAAAAUUCCUGCCUUCUGGAA